ACUUAAGACCAUAUGGGGUUGAGCUUGCAAAGGAGCCUCAAAGCGAUCAAGCUAGACCUACAUAAAACAUGGACGCAACUCUCUUUGCUCCACCAUUAAUCAUCACACACUUCACACACACCAACCAUCACAGCAAUGUUCUUCAUCAGCUAGACAUGAAAAGCAGCACCAACCACCAGCCUCAGACUAGCUAUACGUCCACCAGCCGAUCAUCAGACUCCAGCGAGCCUUGUGGCUCAGAUGGGAAGUGGGCAGCGAGUCUUCUCAGGGAUUGUGCAAGAGCAAUCUCCGCGAAGGACUCUACCGAGAUCAAUCACCUUCUGUGGAGGCUGAACGAGCUCUCGUCCCCUUAUGGCGAUUGUGAUCAGAAGUUAGCAUCUUAUUUCUCGCAAGCUCUCUUUUGUAGGGCUACAGAAUCCGGCCUACGGUGUUACAAAACCCUAAAUUCAGUUGCUGAGAAGAGCCACUCCUUCGAUUCUGCUAGGAAGUUGAUACUGAAGUUCCAAGAGUUGAGCCCUUGGACAACUUUUGGUCAUGUGGCAUCUAAUGGGGCUAUUUUGGAAGCCCUAGAAGGAGAAACCAAACUCCACAUAAUUGAUAUGAGCAACACCCUUUGUACUCAAUGGCCUACUUUGCUAGAGGCCUUGGCUACAAGAAAUGACGAGACACCGCAUUUGAAGCUCACGGUUGUGGUGACUGUGGCCAUUGUAAGAUCAGUAAUGAAGGACAUAGCGAAAAGGAUGGAGAAGUUCGCGAGACUAAUGGGAGUUCCCUUUGAGUUUAACGUGAUAAGCGAACUGAAUCACUUGGGAGAGCUCACAAAAGAGUGUUUACGGAUUGAAGAAGGCGAAGCCAUCGCAGUGAAUUGUGUUGGGGCCUUGAGAAAUGUUGAAGUGAAGCAAAGGGAGUCCGUGAUUCAGAUGAUCAGAUCGUUUGGGCCUCGGGUUGUGACAGUUGUUGAAGAAGAAGCUGAUUUUGGCACCUCUAGUGAUGAUGAUUUCAUGCAGUGCUUCGAAGAGUGCCUUAGAUUCUACACAUUGUACUUUGAGAUGCUGGAGGAGAGCUUUGGCGCCACUAGUAAUGAGAGAUUGAUGUUGGAGAAGGAGUGUUCAAGGAGCAUAGUUAGGGUUUUAGCUUGUGAUGAUGAUCAUGAUGAAAUAGACAGUUUGGGAGACUGUACUGAGAGGAGAGAGAGAGGAAGCCAAUGGUGUAGGAGGCUCAAGGAGGUUUUUUCACCAGUUGGAUUCAGCGACGAUGUUGUUGAUGAUGUCAAGGCGCUGCUAAAGAGAUACCGAGCCGGUUGGUCUCAUUUGCUGCCACAAGGAGAUCAAGGCUCAGGAAUCUACUUGACAUGGAAAGAGGAACCAGUAGUAUGGGCUUCAGCAUGGAAACCCUAGAUAGAAUGGUCAGGACAACAUUGCUACAAUCAAGUCAAGCUCUUAGCAUGGAGUUUUUAUUAUAUUUGGAGAUAUAUGGAAGCCAUAUAUGAACAUAGAAAGAUUUCCUUUUUAUUUUCUUUCUUUUCUGUUUUUCUUAUUAAUCAUCUUCUCCAUUAAUACCUUCUUGUUGUUUCUUUGGUCCAACUUUAAUUUCUUAUGCUUUGCGGUUGGGAGUUUGUGUGUUGCUUUCUUUUGCUUUUUCUAACUUUGUUCUUGUUUGAAAGUGUUUGCAAUUGUGCCUCUUUUAUAAAUUCCAUCUCAACCCUUUUCCCAUUUGGAUUGUUUGCUUUAAGUCCUUUUCCUUCUCAUAUAUCCAUCACUUG